AAAGUCAAAAUCUCAGCUGCCAGUUCCGAAGAGAUUGCUUGGUUGAUUCCCCACAUGCAAUUUUUUUUUAUUCCCCAAUUCCCGAUAAAUCCGCGACGAAAUUCGUUAAUCACCAUUUUUCCCCUUUUGAUUUUCCCUACUUUUUCUUCGCCUUUUAAACAAUACAGAUUGGGGGAAUUUAUUCUUCUUCUGCCGUGCUGUUAAAGUUGAUUGAACGUGGGGGAUUUUCGUUGUUUCCUGUUUUGAUCAUCUACAUUGCUUUGAUUCUGCUUCAAAGAUCGAGGAUUUUUGUUUACCCAAUCAAUUUUUUUUUUUUAAUUUUUUUUUCCGAUAUUUUUGGGGAAGUAGAAAAAGGAUUCGCAAUAUUUGUUUAAUUUAAUAGGUGGGGAAUGGAGAAAUUGAUCGGAGAAAAGAAGAGGGUGGUGGUUGUCGGCGGCGGAGUUGCCGGCUCUCUCAUCGCCAAAACCCUUCAAAACCAUACAGAUGUUUUUCUCAUUGAUUCGAAGGAAUAUUUUGAGAUCCCCUGGACAAACUUGAGAUCAAUGGUGGAACCAUCGUUUGCGGAAAGAACAGUGAUCAAUCACUCGGACUACCUUCCGAAUGCUCACAUUGUUACAUCCGAUGCAACGAGCAUCACCGAAACCGAAGUUGUGACCGCACAAGGACGCGUAAUUGCGUACGAUUAUCUCGUCAUCGCCACCGGGCAUGUGAGCGCCGGUGCAUUUUCGAAAACCGAGAAGCUAAGUUACUACAAAGCAGAGCAGGAAAAAAUAAAAUCGGCAGAUUCAAUUUUAAUCGUUGGAGGCGGGCCCACAGGCGUAGAACUAGCUGCUGAAAUUGUUGUUGACUUUCCUGACAAGAAGGUAACACUGGUGCACCGUGGAUCGAGGUUAAUGGAAUUUAUCGGAGAAAAGGCCAGCAAAAAGGCGCUCGAUUGGUUGACUUCGAAGAAGGUUGAAGUCAUCAUGGAACAGUCUGUUGACUUGACUUCUGCGUCGAACGGUGUUUACGAGACAUCAGGUGGGGAGAAAAUUACAGCCGAUUGCUAUUUCCUCUGCACCGGCAGUCGAACCGGUUCAUCGUGGUUAAAGGAAACAUUUUUGGGAGAGAGUUUGGAUAUUCACGGAAGGUUAAUGGUUGAUGCAAAAUUAAGGGUCAAGGGUUAUAGUAACAUCUUUGCUAUUGGAGAUAUCACCGAUAUUCCUGAAAUAAAACAAGGAUAUUUGGCUCAAGCGCACGCUUCAUUGGCGGCAAAGAACUUGAAGUUGUUGAUAAAGGGAGAAAGCGAGAAGAAGAUGUAUAGUUACAAGGCGGGUCCCGCAAUGGCGGUCGUUUCACUUGGAAGAAAAGAGGGAUUGGCUCAAAUUAUGUGUUUGACUAUUGUCGGGCGCAUACCUGGCAUUUUGAAAUCGGGCGAUUUGUUUGUCGGAAAAACGAGGAAGGCUCUCGGCCUCAAAUCUACCCUUUCGUAAACCAACAAGAUAUUCGCUUUGUGCUUGGAUUAUUCUGUGUGUUGUAUUCUUAUACCUAAAGAAAAAAAAAACUCCGUUCGCGUCGAAAUUUGUGUUCACGAAUCGAUGAGGCUUGUUUGGCUGAAUUUGUUGUGGUGGUGGUGUUCUACGAUGUAUUUGAAAUUGUAUUUUGAGUUAUUGUUGUGGAUUUGAAAUCCGUUUUGUGUGGAGUUAUUUGAAAUUUCUCUUUCGAU